UGUUUAUCUUUAUACGUAUAUACGAAGUUACGAUUGUGUGCAUGUAUGAAAGUUGCGGCGAUUCUCCGACAGCUGAUUCACUUGAUUGUUUACCGGAAGAAAAAUGAACGAUUGUUCGCAAUAACAGUUGCAUGGUACUUUGCUGAUCGGUGAAGAUCAAAUUGGAGAUUCUGUUUAAAAAUGGGAUGCUGCUACAGUUUCUGUAAAGAGGACAAUGAUCCGCAGAGUGGAGAAGCGAAUGAAAGAACGCAUCUACUAGUAGAUCCUGUCAGUAAUAAUACAAACAUACCAAGAGUACAUAGUGAUGAUUAUGUUAAUCAAUAUGCAAGCUCUGUGCCUAAAAAGACUGAUGAACAGAGUGCAUUAAAUAGAAUUUUACACGAAACUGCAGCCAAUGUCAUAGAUGUGGGUGCAUUAGACACACAUAAUCUAGAACAGCAUGAAUACAUGGAUAGGUCUCGUGCAUAUUCAAGGAGAAUAGAAUCAGGUAGGAUUAAACUUCCUGAAACUGCAUCUUGUCUACUUAAGGAUAUACCAGCUCCAGAACGAAUAUUAGCAGCUGAUCCACUUGCUGUUGAAGAUCGAGAAUUGAUUACCGAGAUGCUCAUCAAGGCUGUGACGGCGUUAAGUGAUGUAAAAGUCGAACAUAAGGAAGAUUUGGUUGUCCCAUUUCUAUCGUGAUCGUUAAAUGUUUCCCCAGUUAAUUUAUAAUCUCAUCUCAUUUGAUUGGAAUUUUGACAUCAUUAUACGGCAUCAAAAGAGCGAGCAUACAUUUGUCUGAAAUAAAUUGACCUAAGCUCGAAUUAAUUCUAGCUUAUGCUAAAAUAAUGGAUUGAUUUUAAUAGGUAAGAUGUAUUAUAAAAGAUGUUAUCUAUAUACAUAUAUAUACUAUUAUUGUUUGAAUGCUGCAUAAUAGCUUCACAAUUAUGGAGUAGAUAUGUGCUUUUCUCUUUUACUCUUCAAGUUUAAAGAUAAAAUGUGCAUGAAUUUUUCGCACAUUUUUAUUGUAAAAAAAUUUGUUACUGUAAUAUUCUUUAUCGAUACAUACGUAUAUAU